GUUUGAUUUUGGAAUGGAUCUUCAAGCCAUCUUCAACUUGCACGCGGACCAGUUCAUGAAAAUGGGCUUACCUGCAUCGCUUCAGGUGAAGGCGCUCGAGAAGAUAAUUGACUCGUGUUAUGACUGUAGCAGUAGCUUGACCAUUGGUCUGAUUAGAAGCUCCUCUGAUGAUGAGGAAGAAGAAAGCAACAAAGAGUUGAUUCAAUAUGAAAUAAGCGCUUCGCAGGAUUUGGAACCAGAACAAGACGUUUACCUAAUUGAUAACUGGUUCACCUUCCCUCUGCGGAGAUUUGGGAAAAUGUUGAUAAAGGACCUGCUGCUUCUGGAUCGGGUAGAACAGCUGAUUGGAAUAAGUCCUUUAGGGGGAGGCGAAGAGGUGAGUGAGAAGAAUGGACACUGUGAGAAGCAUGAAAUGAAACCGGUGGAUGAGAGAAUCGAACAAGUGUACGAUCACAUGUGGAAGUUUGUAGGCAGCUAUUCUAUGCAGACUAAUACUAAUACGGUUGAUACUUCGGUGGAGACGAAAGAGGAGGCCAUGGAACCAGUGUGGUACUUCAUGGACCACUAUGGUACUCAUAUUGGACGAUCGAUUGAUAGUGACGAAACAAACGUGAGAAUAGCUCCUCUAAUCUUCAUACCAACUAUGGCCUCAUACUCGUUAAUGUGGAUCACAAAACCGAUUGGAGAAGGAGAGGCUCUAAUUCAACAGCACACUUAUGCUCUGAAGUCAGAGAGUAGUUUACUGAGGAGUGUCCAAAUGUUACCCUGGACUGGGAUGCCAGAGUUUGAAGAAGAGCCGCCCCUUCAUGAGCCCAAUUGGAGCGAGGUAGCAUUCCAUCGAUCUGAAAAUCUGCCAAUAAUUGACAAACAAGAGUUGCCCUUACAUUUCUACCCCGAAGACAAAGUCAUCACAGUUUAUACUGAGAAUCAGCAUGUGAAAAGCACGCUGAACUCGAAACAUUUUCGGCUUAUUGAACCGCUUUCAGAAACAGGCGAUUCGUCUAACGGAGAUUCGGCCACGAGCACGGGAGAGAAGCCAAGUGCGAUAGAUAUUAAAGCCGACGUACUAUUUCUACUGGAACACUUCAAGGAUUUCAAUCGGCUGAGAGAGAUGAAUAAAUUUGUGAAUCAGUUUCCAGGAGAACAUGUUAUGGUGUGUAAAGAUCUGUUAGCGGCGACACUCAGAAAAAUAUCGGGCGAUUAUUUUGAACAACCAGAUGAUAAGCCAGUUUAUCCUCCGUGGUUUCAAAAGACAUACAAUCUGUACUAUGAGUUGCCACGAUUUGUACAUGACUGGGAGAAAAGAGUUGAAAAUCCAGACGGCCCAGACAUGAACUUGUGGAUCCUGAAACCGUGGAACAUGUCCAGAGGAAUAGGCACCUAUGUUACUAACAACUUGGAUCAGAUCAUCAGAAUGUGUGAGAGCGACUUGCCUUUGAUUGCUCAGAAGUAUAUAGAGAGGCCUUUAUUGUUCUUCAGAGAGGAUUUGGAUUGCUUUGUGAAGUUUGACAUGCGAAUCCUAUUAGCUGUUCAAUCUGUGAAACCACUUCUUGCCUUCGCCUACAACCAAUUAUGGAUCAGAAUGGGAAACAUAGAGUACCAGCUGAAGAACUUCUUCGAAUACGAGAGACACUUUUCAGUUAUGAGUUACGUGUUGGGAGUGUCAUUCGCUCAUUCCAUGAAAUAUGAGGUGUUCAGGAAAAAGAUGGAAACAUUUUAUCCAAAUCUGAAUUGGGACCAAGUGAUAACCGAUUCUCACCUUGCAAUCAGACAAAUCUUGGAAGCGUCUGUGAAUCAAGGAUUAUACCAACUACCAAACUCAAGAGCUCUAUACGCCAUAGACCUUAUGGUCAAAUAUACAGACGAUAAUGAACUACAGCCAGUCAUUCUGGAAUCGAACUUUGCGCCGGAUAUCGGGACGUUUAUAAAACCGCAGUAUUACCCGAAUUUCUACAAUGAAGUUUUCGAACUGCUGUUUUUAAAUAAAUGGAGUGAAGACAAAUUUACGCAGAUUUGAGUUCCGAUGUUUGAUUGAAUUUUGAGUUAAUUGAUGGUUUUCGAAA